AUGCAUUAUUUUAUCAUUUUGUUUUGUUUCGUCUUCGCGUUUUUGUCUCCUGCCUCGAACGCCCUCCACAUCACCAACCAGACCAUCGACAAGUUUCUCCUCUCCGAGUAUGACUAUGUCGUAAUCGGUGGUGGCCUCUCGGGCCUGGUGGUCGCGAACCGCCUGAGCGAGGAUAGGGAUGCGACAAUCUUGGUGAUCGAGGCUGGUGAGCUUGACCGCCGGGAGAAUCGGGUCAUUAUCCCCGGCUAUAUCGGCCGCGUCCCUGCGUCGGGAUAUGCCCAUAACGUGGCCACGGCCCCUCAAACUUUCCUCGACGGACAGACUCGGAACAUCAAUCAGGGCAAGGUUGUUGGUGGCGGAUCAGUUGUCAACGGAAUGUGUUGGACCCGAGGCGCCGCUGCUGACUUCGAUGCCUGGGAGGAGCUCGGCAACCGUGGAUGGGGAUGGGAUGGCCUCCUGCCCUACUUCAAGAAGGUCGAGAAGUACACUAACAAUGUUGACCAAGGCAUGCGCGAUGAACUCAACAUCAAGCCCAACAUGUCUAUGCAUGGAAACAACGGUCCUAUUGACGUGGCAUACCCCGAAUAUAUGUACAACACAUCAGGCAGCAUUCUUCAAGGCCUCUCAGAGGUUGGCAUUCCAAUCUCCGCCGACGUCAACUCGGGUGACCCGACGGGUGCUAUGAUCGUCGCGUCCAGCAUGUCCCCGACUAACCAGACGCGAUCGGAUGCGAGAACCGGCUACUUCGAUUCAGCGAACUCCCGCUCCAACUUCCACGUUGUCACUGGGCACACCGCGACACGUCUGAUUGUGGGCUUGCCUGGCUCCCUGAACCGAGGAAGCCGCCGGAUCGUCGGUGUCGAGUUCGCAACUGGCCUCUCGGGUACCAACCGAACUAUCACGGCAAACAAGGAGGUGAUCCUAGCGGCUGGUGCUAUUCGGUCCCCCGUUCUCAUGCAGGUUUCGGGUAUCGGCCCUGCGCAGGUUUUGGAGUCGUUGAAUAUUUCCGUCCAGAUCGAUCUGCCGGGAGUUGGGAACAAUUUUCAGGAUCAUCCCAUGGCUCGGUUUCCAUACAGUUAUACCAACGCAUCCGUAUUCACCUCUCGAGACUUGGACACCAGCGACGCUUUGGAAGAUGCAUUGGACACGUUCCUCGCCAAUAAGACUGGACCUCUGACGACCCCCUUGAUCAACACCGUCGCCUUCCCAAACCUCAAGUACCACACCGACGAAUGGGAAACCCUCCUCCAGCGGUCCCAAAACCAGUCCUUCGACUUCCUCCCUCUCGACACGCCACCCGCCGUCUCCUCCGGCUACGCAAAGCAAAAGUCCCUGCUCCUCGACCACCUCGCCCGCGAGGACGUCGGCGCCUACGAACUCCUCGCAGCAUCAUGGGGCCAGAUCUCCAUCGCCAACCAGAAGCCCCUGUCCCGCGGCACCGUCCGCCCGUCCUCGCGCUCCGUCUUCGACCCGCCCGCCGUCGACCCCCGCUACUGCGCCGACCCCCUGGACUGCAAAAUCAUCAGACUCGGCCUCCAGCUCGCGCAGAAGCUCAUGCGGUCCAGGGCCAUGGCGCCCCUGCAGCCCGUCGUCGACUCCAGGUACAACUCCACCGACGAGAGGGAGCUGAUGGCCGCGCUGAAGCCCCUCGUCGGCACCGAGUACCACCCCAGCGGUACGACGAGCAUGAUGCCCGAGGACCUGGGUGGAGUGGUGGAUUCUCGGUUGUUGGUGUACGGGACGUGCAACCUGCGCGUCGUCGACGCGGGGAUCAUGCCCAUGAUCCCGGGCGGACACAUACAGGCUGCCGUGUACGCCGUGGCGGAGAAGGCUGCGGAUAUCAUCAAGGACUCCGCUGAUGGCCCGGACGCAUGCCCGAUGGGUCAGCCGCAGUGGCCGAUCGAUCACGGUCCGGUUGAUGGUGAUGAGGAUGACUGA